AAGGGAUACAUAAUAAACAACAAUUUUAAGCAAAGUCAAACACACUCAUCCGAUACAAAUUUGUUCUAUUUUAUUUGAGAAGAACGUUAUGGUGAAAUUUGUUGUAAAUCGCAACACAGGACGGAAAUCAACUACGUUGCCAAGAUGGUUGAAUAGAAUACUCCAAGGCAGAGAUAGGGCGCCACUGCCCACUCUUCCAUUCGAUCUCGUGGCGGAAAUUCUGUGCCGGCUUCCUGUGAAGUUACUCGUGCAGCUUCGCUGCCUCUGCAAGUCCUUUAAUUCUCUUAUAUCUGAUCCCAAAUUUGCUAAAAAGCACCUUCAAAUGUCAACCGCACGCCACCACCUAAUGUUAAGAUCUACCAACAACUUAGGUAAGUUAUUUCUAUAUGAUUCACCAAUCCAAUCUAUUUUUUCAACUUCUAGGGUAAAGCAGACACAACUCAAUUAUCCAAACGGGCUAAAGAAUAAUCACUUUUGCGCAUACUCUUGCGACGGUAUCUUGUGUAUCAGUAAUACCAACUAUUAUAGUUGUGCUGUUUUGUGGAACCCUUCCAUUGGAGAAUUCAAGAUAUUGCCUCCUUUGGAAACUUCGCCCAACAGAAGAGCCUGUAGUUCUUUCUAUAGCUUUGGGUAUGAUCAUUUCAUUCGUAAUUAUAAGACUGUUGUUAUUUCCUUCGACACGGACAAUUACUUCUUCGCGGGCAAAUAUGAAGUCAGUGUUCUUACACUGGGUACAUAUUCUUGGAGAAGGAUACAAGCAGUGGCGGAUCUUGGUGGGGACCAGCAGGUGCCACUGCAUCCCCUAACUUUACUAUAAUUAUCAUAUUAUGCAUGAUAAUUCAAACGGAGCAUUGUUGUUGCAGUGGAUUGGUGCGUUUUGAAACCCCCCAGCUGCGUGGGUUCGAUCCUCGUUACCUGUUUUUUUUUUAUAUUUUCAAUUGUAUUAUUAAUACUUUACUCAAAAAAAGAGGUCCUAAUGGGAAUUGAACCACCGUUCCCUAUAGUUGUUCCAGGAAAAUAAACCACUAGGCUAAUUCAUUAUUUCAUUAAUAUUUUAAAACUGAUAUAUAUAUAUUCUAAAAAUAUU